GACCCGGAUAUAAUUCACAACCUGCACACACACAGUUCAGCCAUCAGAGAGGCAGAGUGGUGAUGAGUUGGUGCAUCCAUGAAUGCACGGCGGCGUCACGGUCCUAGAAGCAGCCAGGACGGGGUGUACGCUGGGCCGUCUCAGACCCAGUCCCAGCUGGUCCAGCAGCUGGAAACCCCCCUGGCUGUCCCAGCACCCAUCGCCCCUGUCCUAGACACAUUCAGCAUGUCCUGCCGAGACCGUACCAGCGAGUUUCAGUCGGCGUGCAAGUCCCUGCAGGGGAGACAGAAUGGAGCACAACCUGUGAGAGCUGUCAACAGUGCAGUCAGACAGCGGAGUGAAUUCACACUCUUGGCUAAGCGAAUUGGAAGAGACCUCAGCAACACUAUUGCCAAGUUGGAGAAGCUCACAAUCCUUGCCAAAAGAAAGUCCCUUUUUGAUGACAAAGCAGCUGAAAUUGAUGAACUCACUUAUAUUGUGAAACAGGACAUUAACAGUCUAAAUAAGCAGAUAGCUGGCCUGCAGGAACUCGUUCGAUCACGGAGUGGACAGAAUGGCAGACAUCUUCAGACGCAUUCCAACACCAUCGUAGUCUCUUUACAGUCCAAACUGGCAUCGAUGUCGAGUGACUUCAAGUCAGUCCUGGAAGUCAGAACAGAGAACCUAAAACAGCAGAGAAGCAGGCAAGAGCAAUUUUCUCAGACUCCUGCCUCGUCCUCCUCUUUCCACGCCAACAACUUCAACAAUUCGGUGCUUAUGCAGGACGACUCCAAGAAGACGGAUAUAUCUAUAGAUAUGGACCUCAGCUCCAGUCAGCAGAUGCAGUUAAUCAGUGAACGGGAUUCAUACAUUCAGAACCGUGCUGACACUAUGCAGAAUAUAGAGUCCACCAUUGUGGAGCUCGGAUCCAUAUUUCAGCAGCUGGCUCAUAUGGUGAAAGAACAGGAAGAGACUGUACAAAGAAUUGAUGCUAAUGUCGAGGACACUCAGCUGAACGUGGAUCUCGCGCACACAGAGAUACUCAAAUAUUUCCAGUCUGUGUCCAGCAACCGCUGGCUGCUCAUCAAGAUGUUCCUAAUCCUCAUCAUUUUUUUCAUUGUCUUUGUGGUUUUCAUGACCUGAUGUCCACUCUUAAGAGGCGCAGAUUCGGGUGAUUCUCAGUAUUUGAGGAAUGAAAAGGGCCGUUCUCUCAGUCUCUUUUUUUUCUUUUCUCUGCUCUUUCUAUCCUCACUGGCUGCCAAGCUCUCUUUUAGUGAUCUUCUUCCUCAAAAUGGAUGGAAUUGAAUAUUCGUAAGACUCUAUAUAGACAGAGCAUUUGUCAGUUUGUAGUUGAUUUAAAACAGUCUGUCCAUUUAAAUUUCAAUCUGAUAUGUUUCUGCAUCUGAGGGUUGUCCCCCCUAAAAAUAUGAUUUAAAAACCACUGUGUAUUGUAAAUAAC